AGUUGAGUUGGUUUAGUGAGUAGUUUUGCAAGACUUGUUUCACUUUGUUUUUGGACGUAGCUGAGCCAUGUACUUCAAACAGAAGGCAGCCAAUUACUAACUUCUGGUUGCUAGGUGUGGCUUCCUUUAAAAUCCUAUAAAAUCAGAAGCCCAAGUCUCCACUGCUACUUUGAAAUCUUCAGAGAAGAAUUUCUCUUUAGUUCUUUGCAAGAAGGUAGAGAUAAAGACACUUUUUCAAAAAUGGCAAUGGUAUCAGAAUUCCUCAAGCAGGCCUGGUUUAUUGAAAAUGAAGAGCAGGAAUAUGUUCAAACUGUGAAGUCAUCCAAAGGUGGUCCCGGAUCAGCGGUGAGCCCCUAUCCUACCUUCAAUCCAUCCUCAGAUGUCGCUGCCUUGCACAAGGCCAUAAUGGUUAAAGGUGUGGAUGAAGCAACCAUCAUUGACGUUCUAACUAAGCGAAACAAUGCACAGCGUCAACAGAUCAAAGCAGCAUAUCUCCAGGAAACAGGAAAGCCCCUGGAUGAAACACUGAAGAAAGCCCUUACAGGUCACCUUGAGGAGGUUGUUUUAGCUCUGCUAAAAACUCCAGCGCAAUUUGAUGCUGAUGAACUUCGUGCUGCCAUGAAGGGCCUUGGAACUGAUGAAGAUACUCUAAUUGAGAUUUUGGCAUCAAGAACUAACAAAGAAAUCAGAGACAUUAACAGGGUCUACAGAGAGGAACUGAAGAGAGAUCUGGCCAAAGACAUAACCUCAGACACAUCUGGAGAUUUUCGGAAUGCUUUGCUUUCUCUUGCUAAGGGUGACCGAUCUGAGGACUUUGGUGUGAAUGAAGACUUGGCUGAUUCAGAUGCCAGGGCUUUGUAUGAAGCAGGAGAAAGGAGAAAGGGGACAGAUGUAAACGUGUUCAAUACCAUCCUUACCACCAGAAGCUAUCCACAACUUCGCAGAGUGUUUCAGAAAUACACCAAGUACAGUAAACAUGACAUGAACAAAGUUCUGGACCUGGAGUUGAAAGGUGACAUUGAGAAAUGCCUCACAGCUAUAGUGAAGUGUGCCACAAGCAAACCAGCUUUCUUUGCAGAGAAACUUCAUCAAGCCAUGAAAGGUGUUGGAACUCGCCAUAAGGCAUUGAUCAGAAUUAUGGUUUCCCGUUCUGAAAUUGACAUGAAUGAUAUCAAAGCAUUCUAUCAGAAGAUGUAUGGUAUCUCCCUUUGCCAAGCCAUCCUGGAUGAAACCAAAGGAGAUUAUGAAAAAAUCCUGGUGGCUCUUUGUGGAGGAAACUAAACAUUACCUUGAUGGUCUCAAGCUAUGAUCAGAAGACUUUAAUUAUAUAUUUUCAUCCUAUAAGCUUAAAUAGGAAAGUUUCUUCAACAGGAUUACAGUGUAGCUACCUACAUGCUGAAAAAUAUAGCCUUUAAAUCAUUUUUAUAUUAUAACUCUGUAUAAUAGAGAUAAGUUCAUUUUUUAAAAAUGUUUGCCCCAAACCAUAAAACCCUAUACAAGUUGUUCUAGUAACAAUACAUGAGAAAGAUGUCUAUGUAGCUGAAAAUAAAAUGACGUCACAAGACA